ACCAUGUUGACGCAUGCGCAGAUGAAACUGUGAUGCCAAAUCGGUUCCCAGUCAAAUUUUGGAAUCCUUUUUUACUCUUUUAGUACAUUAUCUGACAGAGUUUGAGUAUUUAAAGCACAUCUGUUUCAAGUCGAGUCACAGUAGAGUCUUUACGGGUGUGGCUGACAUGGCGCUGUCCCAGAAAGGUGUCCAGAUGCCUUUUCUGAGUCCUGAUCCUGGUCUGAAGCAGGAAAUCUCAGAGACUCCACAGAUUAAAGAGGAACCAGAAGAACAGAGCAUAAAACAGGAGGAAGAGAGCGUUAAACAGGAGGAGGAGGAGCUGCAAGUGUGUGUCCCUGAGUCCAGUACUGUGUGUGUGAAGACUGAAGAGUCCACACUGCCUCAACAAAGAGAAGACGCAAAGGGAGAGGACAAGAGCUCAGAGACACAUGUCCACUCAGACACUGAGGGAGACACGGAACACUCUUCUGACAAUGAUGAAGACUGGAGAGCUCCAUGCAGCUCUUCAGCUGCACAGAUGGAGACAGAGGCUGGUGGAGACAACCAGGUCAAGAUCAGAGCCAGAAGCAGCACUGCACAAAACUCAGGUCCAUCCCCCAAACACACGUCUGCACCAGAGACCAACACCACUGUGGACAAUGGAACAGCUGAAGGAACUGAGGGGAAGAAACACCAGUGCUCUUUUUGUCUAAAGCUAUGUGGAUCUAAACAGAACUUACAAAGACACAUUCGAGUUCACACAGGAGAGAAACCAUUCAGCUGUUCAGUGUGUAACAAAGCCUUUGCCCUAACGGGUCAUCUGACAGUACACAUGAGAACACACACGGGGGAAAAACCUUACAGCUGUUCUAUCUGUGAGAAAACAUUUUCCCGAAAGACUUAUCUGGCAGCACACAUGACGACACACACGGGAGAGACGCACUGCAGCUGCUCGAUCUGUAACAAAUCAUUUCCUGCUAAAUCUAAUCUUAUAGUCCACAUGAGAAUACACACGGGGGACAAACCGUACAGCUGUUCAGUCUGUGACAAAGCUUUUAAUGUGAAGGGGAAUCUUGCAGUACACAUGAGAACACACACCAGUCAAAAACAAUUCAACUGUCCAAUCUGUGAGAAAACAUUUCCCAAACAGUGUUACCUUUCCAUACACAUAAAAACACACACAGAAGAGAAACCUUACAGCUGUUCUAUCUGUAAGAAAGAGUUUAGCCUCAAGGGAAACUUUAUAAAACACAUGUCAACACACACAGGAGACAAACCUCAAGACGUGUACUUAUACAACGCCUCAAGUGAACUUAGUUAGACGCACUCUUUCACACACCAAGGUCAUCUCUGCGCUACACACUUUGGUCACGACAACAUUCCCGCUGCUGAGGCUAAUUCUGUUUUCUUUUAAUUAUUAUUAUUAUAUUACUGUAUCAUUUUAUCCUCAAAUAACUAUUAUUGUAUUAUUAUUUUUAUUAUUAUUUAUUGUUAUUUUAUUAUUGUUAUCAUUUUAUAAAUGGAAAAUACAAAAUAACCACUGUACAUGAAAAGUGUAUGUAAAAGCACACAUUUGUCCCAGUUUAGCGCUGCACUUGGGCCUCACAGGCAGAGAAGAGUGUAGUGAAGAGUCAAAGCUGAACACAGUUGUAGAGGUGUGGGCCUGAGGUGUUGGAUGCACUGCUGGUGUUGUGCGUUUAAGCAAGUGGAGCUCCUCAGAUUAGUCUUGGUUAUAUGGGUCCAUGGUGGAAGUUCUGGGGGUAACAGUUCUAUUCCUGCUGACCCGGGCCACAGGGAGUGGGGAGAGAGCUGGUACCUCACCUGGAGCCGCUUCACCUGUUGUUUAUUCUCACUGUGAAUGGCCCAUGGCUCCUCCUGCCCUAAAUGCAGGAGAAUCUCAGUGUUUUGUAGAUAAACUAUUCUUUAUGUGUGGAAAACCAAGAGUAAGCAACUUUUUAUUUAUAUCUCUUCAUAGAUAUGUCACAAAGACGCUUUACAGAUCAUCAUUCAUUCACUCCAUACUUGGUGGUAAACUACUACUGGAGCCACAGCUACCCUCCCACCACCACCAUCACUCACACACACACACCUCUUUCAUACUUGGCAAUGUGGGUGAAGUGUCUUGCCUAAGGACACAGCUACAUUUUUUGUGACUGGUGCUCCCCUGUGGCUUCUGAUUUUCCCAGUGGGAUCAGACUUUGACAAACCAGUCUGUCCACAGAGACUCAGGUCUAAAGGAGCAGAGUCUGACGUUUAUCACCUGCAUCUGCCCAGACUCAUAGUGUAUAUUCUUUUGACCUGUUUUUGUUUAGUUUGUUUUGGGUUCAUAUUAUUCAUAAACUUAUCCCCAUGAAAUUAAAACUAUCAUAUUCAACAUCUGCACACAUGUUGAAUUAGUUGAAUCUGGCUAAUGUGAGUUUGAGGAGCCAUGGUUGUCCAACAUUUACAUUUCUUGUUUUAUACACAGACAUUUGUGUAUAUAUUUAUUUGUUUUUUAUGGAUCCACAUUAGUUCACCAUUAUAACAAUUCUCUUACUGGGGUUCUUAAAGGAAACAUAAUAUGUAUUCUUGUGGCUUUUACUUACUUGUAAAUGUUUAGAUUUGUAUUUUACAUUUUCUACCAAACAAACAACAGGACAGUUUGAAAAUGUGCUUUAUAAACUACACCUCCAUUUCCAGUGAGGUAUUCAGGUGCUUGAGCUCCCUCUGCUGUCAGCAAUGGGAAAGAACAAUAGGAAAAUAAAAGAAACCCUGGCAUAAACAA